AUGACCGUGCCGCUGAGCCCCGGCAGGCCGGCGGCGAGGUCGCUCAUGGCGGCCGGCGGGCACGUGCGGUCGGCGAGCGUGCCGUGCUACACGCACCCGCUGCUGAUGGACGUCGACCACCAGCUCCUGGCGCUGCGGUCGUGGACGUCCAACCCGGGACAGAACCCGCUGUCCCUGGCCCACGUCCGGGCGCUCCUCUGCGUGCUCGACGAGCUGCUGCACCUCCCGCUGGCGCAGGGCGCGCUAGUCCGCGGCGCCGCCGCCCGCGCCGACAGCCUGCUCGACGGCUUCCUCGUCCUGGCCGACGCCUUCGGGACCUUCCUCGCGGCGCUGCUCGCGCUCCGGCAGCACGCCGCCGAGCUCCGCGCCGCCGUGCGCAGGCGCGACGCCGCCAAGCUCGCGUCCGCGGCGCGCGCGCAGAGGCAGGUGGGCAAGGAGCUCGAGCAGCUCGCCACCGCCGCGGCGCGCGAGGCCGCCAGGUGCGCGCGGGCCAGCCUGGCGUCGUCGACGUACGGCGCGACCGCCGAGCUCGAGAUCGCGAGGACCGUGGCCGAGGCCGUGAACGACACCGCGGCCGCGUCGGCGUCCGUGUUCUCGGAGGUGGGCGCGGCCGCCGACGCCGCGGCGGCCCUGGCGUCGCCGGCCUCGUCUUCGCCCAAGAAGAGGCUGCCGCUGGUGAACGCGUCGUCCAGGAGCAAGCAGCAGAGGUCUGCCAGCGAGGAGCGGAGGGAAGCGGCGGCGCUUGGGAAGCUGCAGGAGCUGGAGCAGUGCGUCGGGGAGCUGGAGAGCGAGAGCGAGAAGGUGUUUAGGAACCUAGUGCAGACCAGGGUCUCGUUGCUCAACAUUCACACGCCAACGUUUUAAUUAGUUAGAGCUUGGUAGUGAAGGCUAUUACUAGCUCUAGUUGAUGCAUACAUGCAUAUACCUGAACAAAAUCAAACAACAAUGAAGUUGCAGAAUUAAUUAAGAGAUUAUUUUUUAGGCUGCGAUCAGUAUUCAUGAGCUACAGCAUCAUGUGCUUAUAUGUAUGUGAUUAUAUUACGGCAACAAGAAAAUAAGAUUGGGUUCUUUUUGGCAAA